AUGACAUUGUUACCUCAAGAAUAUUUACGUACUUUACCUUCCAUUCGGGAAAGAUGCACAAAAGUCUAUGAAAAAGCAAAGCAAGGAGAAUCCACGUCCUUUGAUAUUAAUGAAGCAGCUCUUUCGAAUAUCGUCAAUCAUGUCGUAUCUACCACAACGCGUAGAUUCCCUGACCUUUCCAAGAUUCCUCCACACUCACGUCUUCGUCAUUUUGACCAAAGCCGUCUUACUGAAUUAAGACAAAGAUGGACUCGAGAUAAUGUGGACAGAGUUGAACAGGCACGACGCUUGAUUGAUUUAGUUCUCGUUUCAGUCCUGGUUGAUGCAGGCGCAGGACAGGUUUGGAAGUAUACGACAAAAGAAGGUGAACGUAUUGGACGAUCUGAAGGACUUGCUUUAGCAUCCUUUGAUAUGUUCUUGAAUGGCUAUUUCUCGAGCUCUGCUGACGUUCCCGACCGUGUUGAUGUGCGUGGACUGGACAAGAUUACAACCGAACGCAUGACGCAAGGCUUCCAAGUCACAGAGACGAACCAGAUGGUCGGACUAGAGGGACGUUCGAACCUGUUGAAGCGUUUGGCUCAGGUACUCGAUGAACAGGCAACUUAUUUUCUUUCUGCUCAUGGUGAGCCUAGACGACCUGGCCAUCUUGUAGACUAUUUGUUAAACAACAUUGACUCUACUAAAAAGUCAGUUCGUAUUGAAGCCUUGUGGACAGCAGUUAUGAGCUUAGGCGCUAUGUGGCCAGCCCGAGUUCAAAUUGACGGCAUUCAGUUAGGUGAUGUCUGGCCCUGUGCUGUACUCACUGAUCUCGGCAACUAUGAAAAUUUGGUACCUUUCCAUAAACUAUCUCAAUGGCUCACCUAUUCCUUGAUUGAAGCUAUCGAGCUCACCUUGGGUGUCACAGUUGAAGGCGUUGAACUCAUGACAGGUUUACCAGAAUACCGAAACGGCGGACUUUUAGUAGACUAUGGACUACUCACGUUGAAGCCAGAUGAAGUGAAAAGAGCCACGGUCAAGGAAGGCGAAUUACCUGUCUUUGAAGGAUCUGAUCCUGCAAUUGUUGAAUGGCGCGCAUUGACAGUAGUCUAUUUAGACAUCAUCAAGGCCAAAGUUGAAGAAAAACUUGGACAAACAUUGUCUCUUGCCCAAGUAUUGGAAGGUGGUACCUGGACAGCUGGGCGUGAAAUUGCAGCCAAGCUGAGACCUGAGAAUGGUGGUCCACCCAUUGUGAUCAAGGUGAGAUAA